AUGAAACCUUCCGACCAAGGCCCGCUGUUGCGUCGAAAGUCCUCUACACCUCAUUACCAAACCUUCGGCGGCAUCUCUCCGCCCAAAUCGCGAGGCCAGCCUUUAUCUGAAUCCUCCAAUUCCUCUAGCCAUGACCUCCACGACCAACGCCCCGACCAUCAUCAUGCCUCCCCUCUACCCAAGAAACAGAUGGCUAUUCUUGCUAUAAUCGCCCUCUGUGAACAGACCGCGCUUAACUCCAUCAGCCCCUACCUUCCUGCCAUGGCAUCGACGUUCCCAGAGGUCAACCCUCGAGAAGUCGGAGUCUAUGUUGGCACAAUCGCAUCUGCAUUCGCACUAGCACAACUAGCAUCCAACUUUUUUUGGGGUUGGCUGUCAGAUCAUAUAGGUAGAAAACCUGUGAUAUUGAUGGGGACUCUGUUCACAGCGGCAUGUUUCGUUGCGUUCGGAUUCUGCAGAACCCUUUGGCAAGCGGUUUUGGUGCAGGCCUUGAUGGGUCUCUUGAACGGUAAUCAGGGUGUCGUCUCGACAUGCCUGGGAGAGAUCACCGAUCGCAGUAACCAGUCGCAGGCUUUUACUUAUCUGCCAGUCCUGUACGGCCUUGGAGGUAUCACCGGGCCCAUCAUCGGUGGCUUGCUCGUGUUUGAGAACAAUCCCUUCGACAAGUCAAAACCUAACCCAUACCCCUACCUACUGCCGAAUCUGCUCUCAGCCGCCAUUCUCGUUGUGGAUCUGGUCUUGACUACCAUUUUCCUGGAAGAGAGUCUGGAAGAAGCACAGUACCAGGAACCUCUGGGCACGAGGGUCCGCAACCUCUUCACCUGGGUGUGGGAAUUUACAAGUUCGAGCAGACCAUCAUACCUACGGCGGAGAACCAAAUCCCACCACAGUCAUGAGACUCAAGCCAAUGGCAUACUCGAAGGUUCAGAUGACGAGGACAGCGUUUCCAGCCAUGACCAGCCUACGUUUUUCCACUCUACACAGGAGCUGAAGACUAGUGACGUACUUAACCGUGAUACCAUCCUGCUCCUUUUGACUUAUCUCAUCUUUCAGCUAUCCAACAUCUCUUUCAACUCUCUAUACCCCAUUUUCGCACAGGCUGCCCCCCCGACUGGUCGUGACUUGGCCCCUGAUGAGAUAGGACUCUCCCUUGCCUUCGCUGGGGUGGUGACAAUUCUUUUCCAAGUCGGCCUCUUUGGAAAAUUGCGGGAGAAGGUCGGCAACCGGUGGGCUUACAGAGCCGGGUUCGGAGGGUUCGUGAUUGCAUAUGUUUUCAUGCCAUGGGUUGGAUACAAAGGGGGCAACCAAGGGCAGUGGGCAAUCUCAGAAGGUGCUGGUUGGUUAUGGUUCGAGAUCUGCAUCGUUCUACUCGUCAAGACCGUCGCCGCGGUGGGUGGCUUGACGAGUGCUUUACUGUUGAUCACGAAUUCUGCUCCCAACCACAAUGUUCUAGGCACCCUCAACGGACUAGCACAGACCCUCUCAGCUGCUGGACGAGCUGUAGGUCCUUUUGUAUCCGGGGGCCUCUUCUCUCUCGCAACUAGAGUUGAACCGAAAGGCGAGGCUCUCGCCUUUGGCUUAUUCGGGGGCAUUGCCUUCGUUGGCUUUGGCCUUAGCUUUGGGAUAAAAUCAUCCAAUCUCGAAGCCGCAGGAUGGGAGACGGAUGAUGACGAAGAUGACGCCAGCGAUAAAUCUGAUGAGGAGGAAGACGUAUAA